AUGAUGAGAGUAUUCUAUCCUUUUCUUUCUUUCUUUUUUUCUUUCUCUUUCUCUUCUUUUCGUGCCGCCCCACACUCUCUCUUUUGUCAAUGCCAUAACACAUUCACCUCAUUUUGCCUCUUUAAACAAACCAAACAAGAAUUCCCAAAUACCCUAAUUGAUUAUAACUGGGAUUGGAUUGAUUAUUGUGGCUCUGUUGUGAUUCACUGGUGUUGA